AUGGAGAGAGUUACAGUCGCAGACGCCAGAGAAUUUGUCCUCUGUUUUGAUGGCACAGGAUAUAAAUUCCGAGGAGAUGAAGCAGAUAGUAAUGUCCUCAAGGUUUACAGAAAGAUGCUUGAUCGCAAUGACGCACAUCAACUACACUAUUAUCAGCCGGGAUUUGGGACGUUUACCACCUCAAUUUGGCAGACCCAUAAUACCCACCAGAAUCGGAUCAAGAGAUGGGUUUCGAAUGCCAAAGAUGCCGCAGUGGGCACGACAUUUGACGAACACGUCAUGGAUGGCUACAGGUUCCUCAUGCGCUUUUACCACCCCGGCGAUGGGAUUUACAUCUUUGGUUUCAGUCGUGGCGCAUACGUGGCGCGUAUGCUUGCUGAAAUGCUGGACCAUAUCGGCCUGUUAGAGGCAGGGAACGAAGGGAAGGUCCGCUAUGUUUGGUCGAUAUUCUCUAAGUGGGCGAAAUGUGCCAACAUUGAGGACACCGACAAAAAAGAAAAAGACGAUCGAUAUACGUACAUGAAAGCGCUAAGGGAGACUUUCUGUCGCCCAGUAUCACAGAUCCGAUUUCUCGGAUUAUUCGACACCGUCAACAGCAUACCGCGAUUUGAACUGAAUCGUAAUAAGUUUCUGUUUCCUUUCACAACAAAAACGUCAGCGAAAGUAAUUCGGCAUGCUGUCGCUAUCGACGAGCACCGUGCUAAGUUUCGGCAGGAUUUAAUUUCAGAUGCCAAUCCAAACACACGGUCAACACGGCGCAAAUGGCAGGGCCACCGGGAGCGACACGGGCAUCUUCCGCAAGGGCGUUGUACCGGAGAGGCAUUUUAUCGGCCAGCCCCUCGUGUCCGUCCACAAACGGUGAACUCGGGUAACCAGCGAAUAGACACUGAGACCCAAAAACCGAUAGGAACGCCAUACGAUGCGGGAGGUCGCCCUUUAACGGAGAACGAGGAUACCACCCAGGACAUCCAGGAGGUGUGGUUUGCCGGAUGCCAUGCUGAUAUUGGCGGUGGAUUAACUUUGGAUAAAGAAGAAGACCUGGCGCUGAGCCAUGUGCCGUUAGUAUGGAUGGUACAGGAGGCGCAGCGUGCGGGACUCCGAUUUGAUCCUGAAAAGAUGAAGCUAUUCCACUGCUUUGAUGAUUCGGCUGGCAGUGGUGGUCUCUCAGGCAAUAUAGACCACAGCACUGAUAGACAAGACGCAGGCGACGAAUGCGAUUUUCAAACCUCCCUCUGGAAGGCCACUAUACAUGGACAUAUACACGACUUCUUACGGUACGGCCAUGGUGUCCCAUGGCCCACUGUUUUGACAUGGAAAAUAGUGGAAUACCUUCCGUUUCGGAGGAUGGCGCUGCAAAACGAUGGAUCGUGGAAACCGAUUCGAUGGCCUCUUCCCCUUGGGGAGCGACGUGAUCUCCCUAAGCGGGCUCAGGUCCACGGAUCAGUCAUUCGCCGCAUGGAAGCCAAUCCAAUGUAUAGACCGGGGAAUUUGCUCCAAUAUGGAAAAGGGAAGGACAAGAGUCCCUUAGAGGAUGGGAUUGGUGCCUGGGAGGUCCACGCUCAUCCAGGCUGUUUAGUGCGAGAAACAUACCACAGGAAGUUGUACGGAACCAACUAA